AUGGAAGAACUUACGGCUUUUGUAUCCAAAUCUUUUGACCAGAAAAGCAAAGAGACCAGCAGCGGCAGUGGCAGCAGCAACAAGAAGGAGACGAUCACGUAUAGGGAAGUUUUGGAGAGUGGGUUGGCUCGCUCUAGGGAGCUUGGAAACUCUGACUCUAACCUGCAGGACAUGACCGAGAGCAGCAACCAUUGCCCGGUGCAUCUUUUCAAAGACCACGUAGAGAGCGACAAGGACAAACUGAAGGAGUUCAGCACGGGCAGGACGGCGGAAGGGAUCUACGAGUGCAAAGACAAGAGGGAAGAUGUGAAAUCAGAAGAUGAAGAUGGACAGACCAAGCUCAAACAAAGGAGAAGCAGAACCAAUUUCACACUAGAGCAGCUGAAUGAGCUGGAAAGACUUUUUGAUGAGACUCACUAUCCGGAUGCCUUCAUGAGGGAGGAACUAAGCCAGAGGCUGGGACUGUCUGAAGCUAGGGUUCAGGUCUGGUUCCAGAACAGGAGAGCAAAGUGCCGAAAGCAGGAAAAUCAGAUGCACAAAGGUGUGAUCCUGGGAACCGCCAGCCAUUUAGACGCCUGCAGAGUGGCCCCGUAUGUGAAUAUGGGAGCCCUGAGGAUGCCUUUCCAACAGGUCCAGGCGCAGCUGCAGCUGGAGGGCGUGGCCCACGCGCACCCGCACCUGCACCCGCACCUGGCGGCCCACGCGCCCUACCUGAUGUUCCCGCCGCCGCCGUUCGGGCUGCCCAUCGCUUCCCUGGCCGAGUCCGCCUCCGCCGCCGCCGUGGUGGCAGCCGCCGCCAAGAGCAACAGCAAGAACUCCAGCAUCGCCGAUCUGCGGCUGAAGGCCCGGAAGCACGCCGAGGCCUUGGGGCUCUGA